AUGGCUGGGGGCUACUUCGAGGUACCUGUGUCAAGCCGCGCAAGUGUUUCUGAUAUUGGGACAGGGUCAAACAAAAUAUCUUCAGUGUCACAUCAAGCAUCUCUGCCCCUGCCUGAUGAUAGCUUGCAGACCCAGCAGGCGUAUCAGGACUUGAAAUCAAACGGUGCUGGUACACAGGGCAGGCAUCGGAAUGCAAGCAUUCUGAAAACCACCAAUCGUGUCAAGUUUACUGUGGAUGAACCAGAGCAAUAUGCACCCACUAUCGGAGCUACGGGCGAAUCCCGACUGGACCGAAGGGGUACUGUGCUCCCUCAAAGACCUUUACCCACUGCCAACAUUCCAUUCAUACAGGAAAAAGGGUCCGUGAACCUACCUACUGUACCCUCACUGGACGAAGAGAGCUCCGGCGCGUCACCCGAUGUCACCGGCCUGGUGAUCGACCAGCAGACAAGCUCAUCGGGAAGCGGAAGAGAAGAUGAGCUCAGCCUUAGUACAAAUGACAAAGGGCGGACCUUAUCAUAUGCGCAGGAGAGGGUCCAGCGGCUAGCAUCCCUUCUAAGUUGCCCCCCAAAAUCUCCGAAAUCAAGCCCUCAACCUAGCCUGAACUCGUCGAUUGCGUCCCUUCCGACUGAGGCAGUAGUCUUUCCCUCCGAAGAUGGGGAUGAAGUUCCUAUGAUCAGCUUCCCUGAGAAACAACAACUCUUCGACGAUAUUACUGCCGGUGAGGAUGAUGCGGGUUUCGUAAAUGGACGAUUUAAUCCUCGCACAUCCGAAGCUUAUAACCUCGUGCGACAAAUGUCCCAACGAGACUUCUCCUUUUUGACUCGCGUUCGUCCUCCAUCUCCCGGUCCUCUGUCCGGCUCGGUCAUCCCGGUCGAGGACAGAGAUUCCGAGAGCUAUGUCGAACGACCAACCCAUUACCGUGGGGGUGUUCUAUCCUCCAUUCUAAAAUUAUACGAUGGCCAGACUGGUGGACCUCCACAUUAUCAUCACCAAGAACGGGGCCGGUGGGCUCGUUCCAGGAAAGGGAGUUCAUCUGAGUUCAGUGGACGUGGAUUAUCUCCUGAUCCUAUCUGGAAAUCACACCGGCCAAGGAAGUGGUACGAGAAGUCACCUAGCCAGUCUAGUAGUACACUCAUCGGUUCAUCAAUCAAGGACACAUCUCCCAUUGCUAUGCUGAAGCGAUCUCGCAGUAGCGGAGCAAUUGGAGGCGUGGCACGUCGAUGGGCGAAACAAGAUCACUUUGAAGACGAAAUCCGAAUCACGGUUCAUAUUGCGGAAAUAUUGACACGCCAACGAUAUCUCAUACGACUUUGUCGUGCUCUAAUGAAAUAUGGAGCUCCUACCCACCGACUGGAGGAAUACAUGCGGAUGACGGCUCGGGUCUUGGAAAUCGAUAGCCAGUUCUUAUAUUUCCCGGGAUGCAUGAUAAUCUCCUUUGAUGAUGCCUCUACACAUACGACAGAGGUGAAAGUCAUCCGUGCUAGUCAAGGCGUUGAUCUUGGUAGAUUAGCGGACGUACACGAGAUCUAUAAGGAGGUGAUCCAUGAUGUGAUUGGUGUGGAAGAGGCUAUACAACGGCUGGACGAGACAUCCAAGAGACCGAACAAGUACCACAUGUUGGUCCUAAUACUUGCUCACGGCUGUGCAAGUGCGAGUGUGGGCCCAUUUGCGUUCAAUGCGCGACCAAUUGAUAUGCCAAUUGCGUUUUUACUAGGAUGCUUACUUGGCAUCUUACAGCUUAUCCUAUCACCGAAGUCAAGUCUAUAUUCCAAUGUCUUUGAGAUCUCCGCAGCGGUCUUGACAUCCUUCUUGGCGCGUGCUUUUGGAAGUAUUCGAUUUCAGGGACAUCCUCUCUUCUGCUUUUCUGCGCUGGCACAAGCUUCCAUCGCUUUGAUUUUACCUGGGUAUACUGUGCUAUGCGCCAGUUUGGAACUCCAGUCUGGCAGUAUCAUCGCGGGCUCCGUGCGUAUGGUCUACGCAAUUAUCUAUUCCCUCUUCCUUGGAUUUGGAAUUACCAUAGGUACAGCUGUCUAUGGUUUACUCGACGCUCAAGCCUCGAAAGAGUAUACAUGUCCUCCCAGCCCAAUCAACAAUGAGUAUCUCGAGCGAUUUCCAUUUGUGCUGAUGUUCACAAUAUGUCUGGCUAUCGUGAACCACUCAAAGUGGAAACAAAUACCCACCAUGAUGGUGAUAUCCUUCGCAGGGUACGUGGUCAGCUACUUCAGUUCAAAGCGCUUCUACGCCAAUACCCAAGUCUCGAACGCGCUCGGCGCCUUCGUUAUUGGCAUCAUGGGGAACUUUUACAGUCGACUUCGUCAUGGUCUUGCAGCAGCUGCAAUGCUUCCUGCUAUUUGGGUUCUUGUCCCAUCAGGUCUUGCAGCGAGUGGGUCCUUAAUCUCAGGGAUCACCUCCGCAGAAGAAAUGACUCGGACUCCGUAUGCAGUCGUGAAUAACGGAACACAGGGCUUUGUCGAUGCGGCGAAGAAUAUGACUGCCGCUGAAGCAAGCCACCAGAGUUACGGCGUUGUUUUUGAUAUUGCGUAUGGUAUGGUCCAAGUUGCUAUUGGUACAACUGUGGGAUUAUUCCUGGCUGCUCUUGUCGUUUACCCAUUGGGUAAGAAGCGCAGUGGACUGUUCAGCUUCUGA